AUGUACUUCACCCAGGCCCUCGCCAUCCUCGCCCUCACCGUCCUUGGUGCCGAGGCUUGCCAAAAUGGAAAAUUUGCCUGCGGCCACCAAGGUGCUCCUGGCGAGCACGGAUCCCUCUAUGUUUGCAACAACGGGAAGUGGAAUCUUCAUUCAAAAUGCGCUGGUGGUGGCGGCUGCUGCAUGACCGAGGAGUAG